AUGGCCGCCGCUCAGAAUGCUCUGGCUCAGAGCUUCAAAGCCUUGCACAUUCCGGGUACUCCCCUCAUCCUUGCAAACGUCUAUGACGCAGUGUCUGCACGAGCUGUAGCGUCUCUUGGCAACGCAAAAGCCAUUGCCACGGCAUCUUAUUCGAUUGCGGAAGCUGCAGGUCUCAAGGACGCCACGCUGACACGAGCUGUCAAUGUGGCUGCGGUCAGAAACAUCGCUUCGGCGAUCAAAGAGUUUGGAAAACCUCUGUCUGGCAUAACGGAACUGCUUCAAAUCGGUGUUGUCGGCAUCAACCUCGAGGACUACGACGGAGGUGCGAAGAAGUUGUACAGCACCUCUGAGGCAGCAGAUCGGAUUCAAAGAACACUGCGCACGGCAAAAGCAUUCGGAGUGCCUGAUUUCGUUGUAAAUGCGCGGAUCGAUACUCUUGUCCAAGGUGGAAGUCUCGACGAAGCUAUUGAGAGAGGUCAUGCGUAUCUUGCUGCUGGCGCAACGACUGUGUUUGUUUGGGGCGCCAGCCGCGGUGUUUCUCGCGACGAAGUGGUCAGGCUUGUGAAAGAGUUUGAUGGAAGACUGAAUGUGUUGUUGAACCUCUCUGGUGGUUUGACCACGAGGGAAUUGGGCAAAAUUGGAGUUGCACGAAUCAGUGUUGGGCCUGUUUUGCAGAUUGGAGCCAUGGCCAAGCUCCAGAAAGACGCGGAAGCUAUUCUCUCAAUUUAA